AUGACAUGUACAUGGGACACGAACCCUGAUACGAGGCCUUCUUUUUCAACAAUUGUGCAGAAAUUGCAAUAUUGCUACGACGAUCCUAAUACAUCCAGUUACAAACUGCCUACAUUCACUCAUUCCUUAUCCAGCAAGUGUAAUUUAGUAUGUCUAAGCGAUGUUGAGAAAGGCCACUUACGAGAAGCAAGAAAAAAAAGUUCGACAUCUUCGAUUUAUUCGCUUUCCAGUCUGGAUUCGUUGAAUUUCAACGAAGACGGUCGCCUGCCUUACGAUAACGAAACCAGCAUCGCAAAAGGCGACGUGGUCAAACUACCCAACGGUUGUACUGGUGACAUGAUCAGUUGCCUUGACUCAAAACCCAACACCAACGAAAGCAUUGACAAUCCGAACUGCAGAGGUUUGCUCGUAGACAUCAACACAAGCGAUGAGCCGAGGAAUCCUUACAAAAACGCCGAGGUUAACGGAAUGACUUACAGUGGCACCUCUAUCAAAAGCAAAUCCAAUGAUUACAGCCGCGAUUUGACCAGUGAUCAGGAUAACUCUAAGAAUCGAAACCACACAAAAUGCGACGAUCACUUGCCACUGCACCAUAAUUUACUUCAUCGUCAUCACAGCCAACCGAAUUCAAACCACUAUCAAAACCAUUACACUCACUUUACUAAACGCCAUCAGUCUCUCCGCCAACAGCAUCAGAAAUCAGAAAAUACACAUAUCGACGGGAAAUCGAAAGCAAAUUUCCACUCUGGAGAUCCGCACUAUGACGCAGUACCUCAGAAUCACACCUACGAUUCGAUUCUCCAUCCAUCACCAUCUAAAGUUCCGUUACUGUCAUCGCCAGUUUCCGAAGAUACUCCGGAAGAAGAAAUCGAGUUCUACAGUUACCAGCAAUCGAAGUGUCAGGACGAGACUGAGGACAACACCCCAGCGAAUGGAAGCUUGCAUAGCUCUAUAAUAUAUGCAUCUCUCUCUCUCACUCGCUCUCUCUCUCUCUCUCUCUCUCAGUCUCUACCUAUUCAUCUAUCUACUUAUCUAUCUCAGUCUGUUCAUAUCUAUCUAUCUAUCCAUCUAUCUAUUUAUGUAUGUAUCUAUCUCACUAUCUUUCUCUCUAUAUAUAUCUAUCUAUAUAAGUCUGUUCAUAUGACAUCUAUCUAUCUAUCUCAGUCUGUUCAUUUCCUAUCUAUCUAUCUAUCUAUCUAUCUAUCUAUCUAUAUAUAUAUAUAUAUAUAUAUAUAUAUAUAUACUAGUCUGUUCCUUUCGUAUCUAUCUAUCUAUCUAUCUAUCUAUCUAUCUAUCUAUCUAUCUAUCUAUCUAUCUAUCCCAGUCUGUUCCUUUCCUAUCUAUCUAUCUAUCUAUCUAUCUAUCUAUCUAUCUCUAAGCCGCCUUUGCCCGAACUAUUCAAUAUCUAUCUAUCGAUCGAUCGAUCUCAGUUUGUCUAUUAUCUAUUUAUCUAUGUAUCUAUCUCAUUAUGUUCCUCUGUAUCUAUCCCAGUCUGUUAAUUUUCCAUCUUUAUUUCUCUCUCUCUCUCUCUCUCAAUAUACAGUGUAA